UACUUUUCCGCUUCUAUUUCACACUAAAACUCGAUGGAAACAGAAGUAGCCUAUGAGUUGCCUUCUGUCCUAAGGGUUUACAAGGAUGGCCGAGUGGAGAGACUCCGGGGCACGGCCACCGUCCCCCCGUCGCUCGACGACAAGACGGGCGUCCAAUCGAAGGACCUGGCGAUUUCGCCAGACUCUGCCGUGUCGGCGAGACUUUACAUCCCGCGAGCGGCGCUAGGUUCUCCCCUGAGGCUCCCCAUCCUUGUCUACUUUCACGGAGGCCGCUUCAUAAACUACUCGGCUUGGUCACCAACUUACCACAACUAUCUCAAUACCUUAGUCGCGGAGGCUAACGUCGUUGCUGUCUCCGUCGAUUACAGGAGGGCGCCAGAGCAUCCUCUACCGGUGGCUUAUGAUGAUUCGUGGAUUGCUCUCAAAUGGGUAGCCUCUCAUUCCGCCGGAAACGGCCCCGAGGAGUGGCUGAAUUCUCAUGCCAAUCUCGAGAAGGUAUUCCUGGCUGGAGAUAGCGCGGGCGCCAACAUAGUUCACAACAUGAGCAUCCGACUGGGAGAGGAAAAGCCAGAGGGAAUUGAAGUUCUAGGAGCUAUUAUGGUGCAUCCUUACUUCUGGGGCAAUGAAACGUUGCCUUUGGAGACCACCGAACCCGAGAAGAGGUCCUUGGUCGAACGGUCCUGGAACGUAGUGAGAAAAACCGACAUAGGGUGCGACGACCCGCUAAUAAACCCGACGAUGGACCCGAGACUGUCGGGUUUGGGUUGCAACAGGGUGCUAAUUUGUGUUGCUGAGAAGGAUGUUCUUAGACAUAGAGGGUGGCACUACAAGGAGGUGCUGAGUAAGAGUGGAUGGGCCGGAGUUGCGGAAGUGAUGGAUGCACCGGGAGAGGAUCAUGUGUUUCAUUUGUUUAAUCCUACUUGUGAUAAUGCUGUGAAUUUGAUGAAAAAGAUGGUCUCCUUCAUAAAGGAGGGCAAAUAGUGUUAGACGUAUUGGUGUUAGUAACCUCUUUGCCUGGGUUAAACCUUAUUUAUCUCUAUCUCUAUUUAUACUAAGGUGAUGAACUCA